GUACAACUCUGGGUAUCUGCAUUCGCGACAGAGACUGCUAGGUGAAAGAAAUAACGGGACUUGCUUGUAGAACCGAAAGCCAGCAAAAACAAAAGGGCAGUUCAGGGGCUAAGACGUGGUGGAGACACCCUGGUAUUUGUGUCCUGAUAAACACCCGACCAGACCUUUUUGUCCCCCCUCUUUCAGCCUGGAAAUACUGUAUCUUAGCGAAAACCACGACUGUCGUAUUGAUAUGUGACAACCUCCGGCUACAAUUACCUCGUCGAAUCAACCAGGAAUAAGUCUUCAAAACCCAAUUCGAGACACAUCAUUCUUCGCAUCGACCUUCCAUUUGGAUGCCACGACGGUAAUGCUUGACUCAACAUGUCUUCGGCGCCUCCAGAAAUGGAUAUCCGUCCAUGGUAUAUCCUGACGAGCUUGCGUCUCCAAAACUCUUCUAUCCCGGCAGCUUCGAUCCUUUUCUUCAAUUACCAUUCUUUUACGACCUCGUUGAUACCCAUACAACUUCACCAUCACAAUGGCUCCCGCUAUCGUUUCCGACAUUGAGCUCCCGGCCCAUGUGCCCGAGACCAGAGAAACACCCGCCUCAAAAGCGUCAACGUUCAAGCUCUUCUCUCUCGAGAACAAGACUGUCGCUAUCACAGGCGGAGCUCGCGGUCUGGGUAUCACACUUGCCAUUGCUGUCGUCGAAGCCGGCGGUAGCGUAGCUUGCCUCGAUAUUCUCGAGGAGCCAUCACCAGCUGAGUGGGCACAGCUCAACAAGAUCGCCACAGCCAACAAGGCUUCUGUCUCAUACCGAAAAUGCGACGUCACAGAAGAGCAGUCCGUCGAGACAGCGAUGAAGGAGAUCGCUGCUGAGGCUGACCAGUCUGGAGCGCCUUUCUGGGGAACAAUUGCUUGUGCCGGCAUCCAGCAACAAAUUGCUGCGCUGGACUACCCAGCUGCCGACUUUGACCGCAUCCUACGAGUCAAUGUAACCGGUGUUUUCAACACUUGCAAGUAUGCUGCACGCGUUCUGCGAGAGAAGAACAGCCCUGGAAGCAUCGUCAUUAUUGGAAGCAUGUCAGGCAAUAUUGCUAACCGAGGCCUCUCUUGCACAGCUUACAACUCCAGCAAGGCUGCUGUUCAGCAAAUGUGUCGAUCGGUCGCUCAAGAAUGGGGUCAGUACGGUAUUAGAGUCAACACGUUGUCUCCCGGAUACAUUAGAACUGCCAUGACGGAUCAAUUGCUUCACGAGAACCCCGAGGUUGAGAAAACAUGGAUGGCGGGUGCGUUGCUGGGUCGCCUUGGUGCCCCUGAAGACUUCAAGGCCCCAGCUGUAUUCCUGCUGUCUGAGGGUGCUUCCUUCGUUCAUGGAACGGAUUUGAGGGUCGAUGGAGGACAUUGCGCAUCUGCAUGAUUGAUUAGAGCGUUCGUUAAUAUGAGAAACUUUACGAUUUGAUUGCGGGAUGCCCCAGAAACGUCAAACUGUCCGAGGGAUCUACUGAUUGACCGCCCAUUCCACUACAUUCAGAACGGAGACCGUUGCUAACGAGCGCCCGAAAGCCAUCUUUGUACCCAAUUAAGGCCACAUGAAAAGAGAUAAAGUUAUUUACCUCGUUGAGCUAUUCAAACGCCAGCUGACCUUAGUGUAUGGCGUCCAC